UGAAUUGCUUUAAUGGGUCGUUAGAAUGAUUGUUUGCAAAAUACAAUCGUUUUAUCCCAGUAGAUUCCAAUUUUUUUUGAAAUUCACUCAAUUUUGCUGUUUAAUUAUAUUAACAAAUGAUUGGAAAACAAGAAACCAUUGAUUUUUGUAUCAAUGGAAAGCUGCAUACGUUGAGGACAAAUAGUAGCAGACAUACCACUCUAUUAAAUGGAAACUGUAAUACAGCAAAACCAAUGCAUUUCCCCCCCGAACCCCUCAUUCUGUUCCCGUUUCCUUGUGUUUGUUGUUUUUCAGGUAUAUUCUUCUUUCCCAGCUCAUCAGCAUAGAAUUUCAAAGCUAGCCAAGGCUCAUUUCUCUUCUUCUUCUGUCCCUCCUUAGUCUUGAGUUCUACUACUCGAGAAAAUAUUUUUGAAGCAUUGAGAUUGUGCUUCGGUCAAUAGAACUCCAAUUAGGAGACAGGAGGGCAAGGUUCUGCUGUCUUCUUCAGAAAAUUUAGUUGCCCAAAACAGUAUGGAUUCUAAGACAAAUAUCAAUGACUCUGUUGGCCAGGGGAUGACUGCUGAAGAUGGCAAAGUCUGGUCAGGUUCAGACACCGAGGAUGAUUUCUUCAGCGUCAAAGGAGAUUUCAGCAGAUCUUGUAGUAAUGCUUCAAGCCGCCGAGACAGCUUCAGUGGGUGUCCUCUAUUAAACGAUGAAGGUGAUUCCAAACAGAUAGAAGAGAAAAAGAAACUUGCUGAGCUCUUUCAAGAUCCCUUCUGGAGUGAUCAAGUAGACAAUCGCACAAAAUUAUUUGAGUUCCUUCAGGACGAAUGCUGGAGUGAAGAAAUUGCUUCCAUCCAUUUGAAAGAUAUUCCUAGUGACACUACUACUCCAGGAAUAGAAGAUGAGAGAUCAAAAUCAAAGCAAGCAAUCCUCCAUUUAUCUCCAAAUAAGGAAACUUCAAGUCUCCCCAGAGAAGAAUUAAAGUUUGAUGAUAAAAUAGCUCAGGACCAUAAUCGCAGUCUUAAAAAUGAAAAUGCAGCUACUGCUAGUCACUGCUGCUUUCCAAGUUUGAGUCCAAGACGUAGCUCCAGGGAAAGAAGAAAGGGAAUCCACUUAAUUAAGGAUUAAAGGAACCAGGUGAAGGUUUUGAUUGUAAUCUUGCUUGCUUGUUGCCUACACCUGAGAACAAGUUAGGUUUGACAUACCUAAUGAACAUUUCUGUAACUUUCAAAUUUGUCAAUCAGCAUGCAUCUCUACCCUUGAGUUUGUGUUGGAAACAGAAA